UUAAGUUGGUAACACUGAUCUUGCCAUCGUUUGUUUAUUUGGAUUAUAAUUAUAAAAUAAGCCGACAAAAUGGAUUGCAGAUACUGUGAGUUGGUUGUGGAGGACGACAACUACCUUGAGUGCCUAGAGUGCCAUCGCCUGGUCCACAUCAAGUGCUUGCCACAUGCAAGCACGCCGGGCGACCUGCUAGGCGACGUCUUCUUCGAGUUCACGUGCGUGAAAUGUGUCGAGGAGCAACUGCAGGGUGGCCCUGUGCCCCCCUCCCCUUCCGUCAUCAAAGAGCGGUUGGUCGCCAGAGGUCCCUGGCUGCUGGUGAUCACGCUAACGCUGUACAAUCUGUCCAUCAAGCAGAAGGGACUGGGCCACCAUGGCUUCUUCCACUGGCGCACGCACAUAAUCAGUUUCGUCGACAAGAACUGGAACUACAUCUUUGGAGCGCACGUGCGCCGUCGUAAGCAGUGGUAUGGCUCCGUAUCCGGCGCUCUCUCGCAUAACAGCCCGGAGUACUUUCAGUCCGGUUUGGAUGUGUUCCAGGAAAACGGCUGGUGGAAGUUGGCCAAGCCCUUCCAAACGCCGCGCAGUGUGCUCAGAGAGUAUGAAAAGAAGCAACUGCAGCGACUGCAACUGCGCAAUGAGAAACGCCUGCCCGCUGUGGAUGAGAACAGCUGCAGCAGCGAGAUCUCUGUUACCGAUCAUACAGAAGAUAAAACCAAUAUAGUAAAGGUGGCAGAGGCGAACACUCUUGGCGAGGGCUGUGCCCGCACUAUUCCCUAUAUGGGGCGCCAGCCGAAGUUUCGAACACCUGUCUCGCCAGUAGAUCAGAUACCGCCUCCUAUUCCCGCUGCAGCUGCAGUUCCUCAGCAAAUCCCACCUCCUCAGGAAGAGGAGGAAGGAGAGCCGCAUAAUCAGCCCCUGAGCAGUGUUCAGGCAAGUCUGAUGGACUUCCUUGCCGAGAGUUUGGGCGGCGAUGACUUGAGCAUGUUUAACAAUCUUCCCGGCAUUAUGCCACCUCCGUUAAUUGGAGCUGGCAAAUCGGAUUUCUUUAUGACCGAAGCCCUACUGGAGCAGCCGCCAAGUACGGAAGGCUUUUUCGACAUUGACACGAACUUCGGGAUGCCCAGCCUAACGGAGGACAACCGGGGAACCAAGGAUAUUAAGGAAGACACCAACAAGAAUCUAACAGAGGAAAGCAGCACAGAGACUGAAGACGAGACCAAGGGAGGAGAUGAAAAUGAGCAGAUGGAGGACGAGGAGCAAGACUAUAAGCCACGCAUUGUGCAGGUAACAAAUUUCCAGGCUCAGGAACAGAACCUCGUCGUCAAGGCUGAGCCACCAGAAGAGGAAAUGGAGGAUGAUACCGGCGAACCUAUGCAAUCGGAUGUCCAGGGCCUCCCGAUAGAGCCUUGCAAGCCCAGUGGCUUUAAGCGGCAGCCCCGUAGAAAUUGGCCCUGGCUACAGGAAGCCCAGGAUUCCGAUGACAUUGCCUCUCCCAGCGGCAAUCUGGAGCUGAUGAGUGUCUACGAGGAGCAGAAGUUAUACCAGCGGCUCCACAGGAUAUUCUCGCUGGAACAGGAAUGUCAGAUAACCAUUCCCGCCUACGUGCGGCGCCUAUACCGAAAGCUAAGCCUGCGGAAGUGGAAACGAGAGCACAAUCGUCCCAUAUUUAACUUGGAUGACCACGUCGAUCCUCUGGCCAGAGCCAGGCUGAAGAUGCAGGGCCAUCAGCAGGCACAGAUACUGGACAGGUACCAACUGCUGGCGCACUCGCGGCAGGAUGCCAGGAGCUCAUUUCACGCCCGCCUGGCGGGGUGCACGCAGUACGAGCUUUUCGAGUCGCCCUACUCGCAGCGGGUCCUCCAUCCGUUCAUCUUCCGCAGCGAAACAAUGGCUCCGCCGUGGUUGAAGCUCAUGUGCGAACUCCAGCAUCGUGUGAAUGGAUCGCAUCCCACGAGAGCCACCAUAGACUUUUGCUUCGUGCGGCCGCAGCAUAUUCCAGCAGUCAAUGCGUUGCUGCAGAGCUCCUUCUGGCCAAACAUAGAUGUGAGCGAGUGCCUCAGCUAUCCGGACUACAGCGUGGUGGCUUUGUACCGAAAGCUGGUGAUCGGAUGCGGUUUCCUGGUGCCAGAUGUUGGUUACAACGAGGCUUACAUCUCGUUUAUGGCCGUGCGUCCAAACUGGCAGCGCAGUGGCAUCGCUAGCUUCAUGCUAUACCACCUCAUCCAGACGUGCAUGACCAAGGAUAUCACCCUGCAUGUCUCCGCCAACAGCUCCGCCGUUAUGUUGUAUCAGAAGUUUGGCUUUAAGAUGGAGGAAAUCAUUCUGGACUUCUACGACAAGUAUUUGCCACUGGACUCGAAGCAGAGCAGAAACGCCUUCUUCUUGAGAUUACAGAGAUGAUGGGGGAGGUCGAAUA